AUGGAGGAGGGCAGAGAGGGCCCUGGGCCCAGGGAGGGCAGGGUGCUGGCUCUCUGGGUGGCUCUCUUUGUGCUGUUGGUUUUCUUGCCUUCGGUGUUCCGAGUGUCGCUGGGGAUUUGUCACCUCUACGUGAAAAUGGUGAUGAGAAUGUUAGAGUGGGCCACCCUGCAGAUUGAGGAGGGAGUGAAGAAGCAGAAGGCACUGGCACUUGAAAAUUUGAUCUCCACUGGGAUCAUCCAGAGAGAGGAAACCUCCCUAGAAGAGGCGAUUGCUGGGCAGCGCCGGGGCCGCUUCAGCCUCGCUGACCUUCUCUACUUCUCCAAGAAGGGCUGUGAGGCCGUGGCAGAGGAUGAAGUCACCCGACGGUUCUCCUCUGAGGAGCUGCUGUCCUGGAACCUCCUCAGCAGGACCAGUGCAGACCUGCACCGUGCCAGCUGGCAGCUGAGCCUGGUGUGGGCUGCCGGGGUCCUGCUCCGCUACGGUCUCCUGCUGCCUUUUCGUGUCUGCUUGGCUGUGUUCAGCAUCCUCUUGCUGGUGUUGGCCACUACAGUAGUAGGCCAGUUUCCAAAUGGCAGAGUUAAAUGCUGGCUGAGCAACCAGGUUCAGAUGAUCUGUGCCACGCUAGGGGUCCGAUGCCUGAGUGGGCUUGUGCAUUUCCACAACAGAGAAAACAGACCACGAGGAGGAGGCAUCUGUGUAGCCAACCACACGUCCCCGUUAGAUGUUCUAAUCCUGGCCAGUGAUGGAUGCUAUUCCUUGGUUGGCCAGGUGCACGGAGGGCUCCUGGGGCUCAUCCAGAAAUCCUGCAUGCAGACCACGCAGCACGUGCUGUUCGAGCGCUCGGAGAUGAGAGACCGUCACCUGGUGAGGAGGAGAAUUAGAGAACACAUUGCAGAUAAGGCCAAAUUACCUAUUUUAAUUUUCCCAGAAGGAACCUGCAUAAAUAACACCUCAGUGAUGAUGUUUAAGAAGGGCAGCUUUGAGGUAGGAGGGACCAUCCAUCCAGUAGCAAUCAAGUAUGACCCUCGCUUUGGAGAUGCAUUCUGGAACAGCACCAAGCACUCCAUCAUGACCUAUGGCUUUCAUGUCCUGACCAGCUGGGCUAUUGUCUGCAAUGUGUGGUACCUGCCACCAAUGGUCAAAGAG